CUGCGUCUGGCUCUGCAGGUACAUGCUACUCAUAAAUUGGGCAAGAAGAGCCAUGUGAAAUACUUUUAACAUACUGAACAACAUUUCCAGAAAGGGAUGCACCUGAGGGCAAAACACCGGAACAGAAACGAUAGGUUCCAUUCCUUUUCGGAUUGUUUUUAUUGAUACUCCGCUGUAAUAGCGUAUCUCGUUUUGGUUUCCUGCAGCAGACAGUUUUUUGGCCGGUGAGGAGUUUGAACUUGAAUACAGGGUUGGAAGUUGGAGACGUUGCAUAUACAUUUUUUAUCGUAACGUACAAUGUAACAUAUUACUUAAUUUACUUUUGUUCACAAACAUUCUCGGUUCACAACUGACUGUAGUGUUUAUGAAUUAGCCGCCGGCGUCAUCGAGAAGAAAUGUGUUUACAAAACGUUCAGACUUAAAAUUCUACUGUUACCGUUCACAUUCUUUCUGGCCAAUUCAGGCGACAUAGUGCAGAGGAUCAAAAUGAAAUUGAAAGAGCUCGAGAGUUGCCUUCAACAAGUAGACGUCUUUGAGGAACCAAAAAUUCUUCUUGAACAGUAUCCAACAAGCCCACAUAUUGCAGCAUGUAUGCUUUACACGAUCCAUAACACUUAUGAUGACAUCGAGGGCAAGUUAGUUGCAGAUUUGGGAUCUGGAUGUGGCGUUCUCAGUAUUGGGGCAGCAGUCCUCGGCGCAGGUCUGUGUGUGGGGUUCGACAUUGAUGGUGAUGCACUGGAGAUAUUCAGAAGGAACACAGAGGAAUUUGAACUCACCGACAUAGAUUUGAUCCAGUGUGACAUGUGCACGAUGGCUAUUGAAUCUUACGCCAAAAAGUUUGACACUGUGAUAAUGAAUCCUCCAUUUGGCACAAAACACAACCAAGGCAUGGACAUGCAGUUUCUCAGGAAAGCGCUGACAAUGGCAGAGACAGCGGUAUACUCACUACACAAGACAUCAACGCGAGAACACAUACAGAAGAAGGCAACUGACUGGGGAGUCAAAAUGGAAGUAAUUGCAGAGCUGAGAUACGACUUGCCAGCAUCUUACAAGUUCCACAAAAAAAAAUCGGUUGACAUCAGGGUGGACUUUAUAAGAUUCUCCACAACAUGAAACUUCCAGUGGAAUGGAUUUAGUUCAUUUUAGGCUUUUUCAAUGUUCCUUUUCUAUCAAGUUAUUUUGAGUGAUGUUUUUUGUAUCUGCAAUCUAAGAUCCAUUUUCAGUUUUGACCACCUUUGCAGCUGGGGUGUGGCCGUCUGCGCCCUCCAGCGCUCGCUUUUUGGGGCUUGGAGCUCCUGGGAAAGAUCAAUCAAAUAAAGUCAGAUGAGACAUUCUACACACACACA